UUUCAGCAGGCGGGAGGCCAUAGCGCUUUAACUUGACACCGGAGAGUAGACGAUCUCAUCCUCGGGUCAGCAAAAUAGGCAGAUAAAAACAAGAGAUUAUGUAGCCGCAGGUCACCCAGGACAUUAUGAUAGAGAUGCAGAGGUAAGAAGAGUGGCCGUGUCUUCUUACGUCGCACGUGCGGCAACCGUGAGUUUUGUUAUUGAUGCGUGGUUUGAAGAGAGGCGAUGGAUGUCCACAUGGUUCUGGGGGGUCCAGAUAACAUUCUCCUGGCCAAUAAUCCUGACGCAGGAAGUGGUUGUCUGAAGCAUCCCUGUGAGGACCAGGACAGAAGCUCCAGUCCGUCUGUCCUUCGUUCUGUGACCACCACAUGGAAGGAGGGUCUGCUGAACAGGAAGAGACCAUUUGUUGGAAGAUGCUGUCACUCUUGCACACCCUUGAGUCAGGAGAGGCUGUUCAAUCCCAGCAUCCCUUCACUAGGGCUCCGUAAUGUGAUUUACAUCAAUGAAACGCACACAAGACACAGAGGUUGGCUUGCGCGGAGGCUGAGUUAUGUGCUGUUUGUCUUGGAGAGAGAUGUCCGGAAAGACAUGUUUGCUCGCAAUGUGGUGGAGAACGUGCUUAACAACAGCAGGCUGGAAAGUGCUAUCGUGGAGGUAGCAUCCGAGGGUGCCAGCACAGAUGCAGAGUCUGGAGUGGAUUCCAAAGCUGUCAGUAAAGUUAGACGGAAGACCAGAGGAUUCCUGCAGGAAAUGGUUGCCAACAUUUCACCUGCCUUCAUCAGAUUAACAGGAUGGGUGUUGUUAAAAUUGUUUAAUGGAUUCUUCUGGAGCAUUCAGAUCCAUAAAGGUCAGCUGGAGAUGGUGAAGAAAGCAGCAUCUGAGUACAAUGUUCCCUUGGUCUUCCUUCCUGUUCACAAGUCCCACAUAGACUACUUGCUCAUCACCUUCAUCCUGUUUUGUCACAACAUUAAAGCCCCUCACAUCGCAGCCGGCAACAACCUUAACAUCCCCAUCUUAAGCACACUCAUUCGGAAGCUCGGGGGAAUUUUCAUUCGUCGUAAACUGGAUGAGACUUCAGACGGGAAGAAGGACGUGUUAUACAGGUCACUGUUACAUGCAUACACGGAAGAGUUGUUGCGGCAGCAGCAGUUUCUGGAGGUGUAUUUAGAGGGCACACGCUCUCGCAGUGGGAAGCCAUCUCCAGCACGUGCAGGCAUGCUAUCAAUCGUGGUUGAUGCACUCUGCGCCAACAGCAUCCCUGAUGUUCUGAUCGUGCCUGUAGGCAUCUCUUAUGACCGCAUUAUAGAGGGAAACUACAACAGCGAGCAGCUGGGCAAACCUAAGAAGAAUGAGAGUCUUUGGGGAAUUGCCUGUGGCGUGUUCCGGAUGCUCCGGAAGAAUUAUGGCUGUGUGCGUGUGGAUUUCACACAGCCCUUCUCCCUUAAGGAGUACCUGGACACACAGCGCAGUCGCCAUCUCCAGACCUCUCUCACGCUGGAGCAGAUCCUUCUCCCCACCAUCGUCGCUGCACAACCUGAUCAGGCUGUUUUUAAUGGAGAAGAUGAGGAUCAUCUGAAUUCUAGAGACUUGUCAGAUGAGCCCUGGAGGAGGCAGGUCAUCGCUAACCUGGCCAAGCACGUUCUCUUCACCGCCAGCAAAUCAUCAGCAAUUAUGUCCACUCAUAUCGUGGCUUGUCUCCUCCUGUAUCGGCACAGACAGGGUGUACUGCUGUCUAAACUGGUGGAGGAUUUCUUCAAUAUGAAGGAAGAGAUCUUGUCACGCGACUUCGACCUGGGUUUUUCUGGAAACUCAGAGGAUGUGGUCAUGCAUGCGCUCAGCCUUCUGGGAAACUGUGUGAAUGUCACCAGCACCAACAGAAAUACAGAGUUCAUCAUCGCCCCUAGCAACACUGUACCUGCACUCUUUGAGCUCAAUUUCUACAGCAACGGUCUUUUCCACGUCUUCAUUGCUGAUGCCAUUAUAGCUUGCAGCGCGUUGGCUCUGCUGAGAGAGCAAUCUUCAGUGAGUGAGCAGAAUUGUUCAUCCAGGCUUCUCAGCCAGGAGAGACUGAUCCGCAGAGCUGCAGGCCUCUCCCAUUUUCUGUCCAAUGAGGUGGCAGUAGCGCUGCCUUGUCAGACUUUGUACCAGGUCUUCCAUGAUGCUAUCACCAGGUUAAUCGAGUAUGGUGUGCUCAUUGUAGCUGAGGAGGACCAGGAGGAGUUGAGCCCUUCUGAGGAGCCUUGGCCCAAGAAGUUUCCAGAGGCACUUGCUUGGCGAAGUGAUGAAGAAGAUGAAGACAGUGAUUUUGGAGAUGAACAAAGAGACCGGUAUCUGAAGGUGAGCCCAUCAGCUGAGCACCAGGAAUUUUAUACUUUUCUGCAAAGGAUUCUGACUCCGGUGCUGGAGGCUUACAGCGGGGCAGCUAUCUUUGUACACAGCCUGAGUUCGCCCAUGUCAGAGAGAGAAUACACAUAUAAGCUCUUCAAGUAUCUGCUGACACGAACAGAGAGAGGAGUAGCUGCAUAUGGAGAGAGUGCCACACACUACCUCGUGAAGAAUACUGUGAGCACAUUUAAAGAGCUGGGGGUGCUAAAAGAGAGAAGAGAAGGUGGUGUGUCCCAUCUAGAGCUGAGCAGCACUUUCUUACCUCAGGCCAACAGGAACAAACUCCUGCACUACAUUCUGGGUUUCAGUCUGCUGUGAGACAUUAGGACCAUCAACACAGCUGCGCGGCUUUCCACCCCACUCAAGGGCUUUUUACUGGCUACUCAUGACUGUCAAAGGUGCUAUUCUAAGGAAAGCUUUACCUAGAAGUGCCUUCACCAAACGCCUCAUCCUAGACUUAAGUUAGUCUCCCCUUGACUGUAAAAUCCUCCACUUAUGCAUUACUUAAUACAGCCCUUUUGUUUUACUAGAAACUUCCAUUCACAAAAUACUGUACCAGUUCUGCCAGUGAAAGCCCUUGGUUUUCAGCUCUUAAUGUUUAUAUGCUGUCCGUUUUUAACUUAGAUCAGUACAUGAAUGUCACUCUUCAUGAGGUCACUUUAAGUUUAACACAUCACUGGGAUGACAGCUAAUGUAUAGCUAUUUUCAAAAAAAAGGGCAUUUGAUUUUCUACAUUACUGUCAGAGCAUGUAAAGUAGUUCUCUCCAUUACUCUGUGGCAGAGAAUAGAAUGAUGAACUUUUAAGUAGGGCAAUGGUUGAUAACGCGUGAAUGCCAUUAUGGAAAUAGUGAGUCAUUUAAAAAAAAAAAAACUUAAUCAUACAGCAAACGUCCAAGAUGUUACUGAGAAAUCUGAGCCAUUGAGUGUAGGAUUGUGUAGUUCAGGUCAUGUUUAUCCACUUAGUCACGACCCAUGGGUGCAACUAGAUGUCAGUGAAGGAUAGUUACAGUUAUAAUAUUCUGUAAUACAACAAAGAGUAGAUACAUGUGAUGGUUUUAGCAGACCUAGAAGAUCGUGAGGGGGAAACUUUACUGGAAUAUGAGUUUGGCUGAUCAUUACAAGAUAUGUUUGUAAUAUUUGGAGGAGGUUCUUUUGCUGCCAAGCACUUUUAUUCCCUCCUCAGUUACAGGUAUAUUUUAUUUCGGAGUAAAGAUCCUCUGCAGCAAGUCUUCUAUACUGUGAGUGUGUGUGCAUGUGUGCAAUAUGUCUGUAGUAUGUGAAUUAAACUGUAUUUAAGCCACAAAUCUGUCUCAAAGCACAAUAGAACCAGAAUGCUGAAAAAAAGGCACGUUGCCUUCGUAACCUCUGGAAUAUUGUGUCUGUUGUGAAAUAUAUCAAGGGCCUGUUGGCAGGCAGAAGUUAAGGAUACCUUGGAAUGUCCCAAAACUGCAAUUUACCUCACAUUCAUUCCGUUUAGUUUUUUAACUGCUCUUUAGAAAGCUGACUUAUCAUUUCCAGCUUUGUCAUGUGUUUCGCAUUAUCCCGACUAUGAUCCCAUGCUUGUUUUGACAAGUCUGUGAAGAAAACUCCUUUGUGUUAGCCCCUAGAAGCUGCUACGUGAUGGACCUGUUUUUACUGCGCAAGAAUGUAGUUGGCAGACGUGCACAUUUUGCGUGGGCUACCAAAAGCCUUUGAUUAAAAAAGAUGUUCCCACGAUCGUGAAAAAAAUCUGGAUCCACGUAUUUUAAGGCUGGAAGUUUGAGUUGGAAUUUGUGCAAUUCUCUUCAUUGCACAUUGAUUUGGUUACGCUCAGCUCUAAACCUUAAAAAUGUUUAUUUAGUAAUCUUGGGCUACAGGAAAAGUGAGGGAAAUUCAUCUGUCAAAAAGGGUGGAAUAUAGAAAUCUAUUUAGCCUAUGCCAUGUCUCACGGUAGCAACUCAAUCUGCUAAUUUGUUUGCUAAUAUUAGAUUUGAAGUGACAUUAAAAAGCGUUUUGAGACUGAAUAAAAGCUGUGAAUGUUAAUUCAAGACGUAGUUUAGCAGAAAACAUUUUGCCUGUGUGUCAGUAUGGCCACAAAUAUUCAGGUUGAAUUUGCAAUAAAACGUCUGUUUUGAAUGGAGUAAUAGCUUACUGCUUAAUAAAUAUUCUGCAGUAUAUAUUGCACAUUGUAAUUUGAAUCGGUUUUAAAAAUGAUUUAAUCGUUGCAUUAUAAAUCAAAAAAGGCAUUGCAGUUUUAAAAUGAAUUAAAUAAUGAAUUUGAUACUUGUAAGGUCACACACAUUUCAUCGUGAGGAGCAGUGCUUUGCGUCAUAAUUUUUUUUUUAAUGGGUUUUUACACAGCUGAAUAAAGGCUGCCCAAAUUCUAUGUAAAGAUGUAAUGCAGAGUGAAAGCCAGACUAAAUUAUGCCACCAAUUAACCCACCUCAGCUCAUAGUAUAAAAGUAUACUUGUAAUGUUUAUGUAAAUGCAUUCAUGCCAUCUAUGAACUGCAGUCUGUGUAAAGAUGCUGCCUUUGGAGUGCAAAUAUGGCAUUAUACGGUAUGGGUCAUCUGGGUAUUCUAUGCAUAUUGUGUAUACCAUAUAAUACAGCAAUAGUAUGCUACUCUGAAUAUAGCCAGUAACAACAAGAAUGUGUUUAAUCCGCAUUGAAGAUUGUAUAUUUGAAAUUAACUUGAAUAUAAACAGCCAUAUGCAUUUCUUCUAGCAGACAGCAAUAAGAUAUUUUGUAUCAGUUGCCUGUCCAUUAAUACGGUCAUGUACUCUCAUCCCAAGUGAAGUGUGGUCAGCAACCGGUCAGUAGAUCCUUUUUGUGCUGUGAACAAUAUGUAUGUUUGAGGUGUUAUUCUCAGAAAACAGAAAAGAAGGCAGUCUUUAAUGUUCUCAUAUCAAAUAAUGUACGUUUUCUUCAUUUUUAACGAGCCUUGUAUAUAAUUUAGUUGAGAUCCCGCAGUUGUCUUGUGGGACUGGUGAGUUUACUAGAUCAUAUUCUGUUGACUUUAUCAUAAAGCUGUGAAUAUAAAGACUGAAA